GGUUGCAGAACGCCAUCUUUAAACCCCACAAGAGGCCAGCUACAGUUGUGCACCGGGAUGAAAAACACUACCCCUGUAGCGGGAUAUUAGGUCAGAGCGUACAGUGUAGAGUUGUUUCCCGAUUAAGUAAAUACUAAAUAACAUCCCGAUGGGACUGUGAGGAGACGGUCACGGAACACCGCGAGAGCCUUAAAAUGUUGUUACUCUAGGCAGACAACAACAAUAGACGGAAAGACAACAACGGACUAGCUCGCUAACUCGCUCGCUAGCAGCUUGCCAAGCACUGCGCUGUUUUCAGGCGUUGACUGAAAGCUAGGCGCUAACGUUAGCUGCUUCAUUAGCAAAUAUAUCCGUUUGCGCUGAAAUUUGACCGGACGCGGGUUACAGCUGGCACUGCGUAUCAAGCUAAAUCCGCUGGGGCACACCGCCAUUUCUCUGGCACUUUUUUGUAGUCAUUUUUCUACUACAGUUUACGCUGUUUCUUUAGCUAGCUAAAAGCUAAGUCCCGAGUUCUCUCCCUCCCCAGCGGCCCAGCCGGAGAUGCGUGGAAGAUGUCGGUGUCGGGGCUGAAGGCCGAACUGAAGUUUUUGGAGUCCAUUUUUGAUACAAACCACGAACGAUUCAGGAUAAUUGACUGGAAACCUGAUGAACUGAGCUGCCAGUUUAAUGUAACCGGGGAAAAGCUGUUAAUUAUCCACUGUAACAUAACGGAAUCUUAUCCAUCUACACCGCCAAUUUGGUUUGUGGACUCUGAUGACCCGAGCUUGGCUCAAGUCUUGGAGAGGUUGGAAGAUGUGAGAAAAGGCAGCACUCUGCUUUUACAGCAGUUGAAGAAACUAAUUUGUGACCUUUGUCGACUGUAUAACCUUCCCCAACAUCCUGAUGUAGAGAUGCUGGACCAGCCCUUACCUCCAGGCCCAGUGGGACAAGACAGAAAGCAUGGAACAGAGGAGGUCACAUCUGAAGAAGAAGAUGAGGAGGAAAUGGGAGAAGACAUUGAGGAUUUGGACCACUAUGAAAUGAAAGAGGAGGAGCCCGUGGAUGGGAAGAAAUCUGAGGAUGAUGGGAUCGAGAAGGAGAAUCUAGCGAUCUUGGAGAAGAUCCGAAAGAACCAGCGCCAGGACCACUUGAAUGGAGCUGUGUCUGGUUCAGUGCAAGCCUCUGACCGUUUGAUGAAGGAACUUAGAGAGAUCUACAGGUCUCAGAGUUACAAGACUGGUAUCUAUUCAGUCGAGCUUGUUAAUGACAGCCUGUAUGAAUGGCACGUCAAACUGAGGACGGUGGAUCCAGAUAGCCCUUUACACAGUGACUUACAAGUGCUAAAGGAAAAGGAGGGAAUGGACUACAUUUUACUAAACUUCUCAUAUAAAGAUAAUUUCCCUUUUGAUCCACCAUUUGUCCGAGUAGUUUCUCCUGUGCUUUCUGGAGGUUAUGUUCUUGGAGGAGGUGCCCUGUGCAUGGAACUUCUCACCAAACAGGGUUGGAGCAGUGCCUAUUCCAUUGAGUCUGUCAUCAUGCAGAUCAAUGCCACCUUAGUUAAAGGAAAAGCCAGAGUGCAGUUUGGAGCCAAUAAAAAUCAGUACAAUCUUGCCAGAGCACAGCAGUCCUACAAAUCCCUGGUUCAGAUCCAUGAAAAGAACGGCUGGUACACACCCCCUAAGGAGGAUGGCUAAUACAGACUGUUGCCUUUCCUGAACUGGGACCAUAUGUCUUAGAUUUUUUUUCUUUUCCUUGCGACGAAUAUUGUUUUUAUCCUGCAAACUAUUUUGUUAUCUACAUGACAGUUGGAACUCUAAACCAAAUUUCCCAUUCAGUGACCACCCAAAAAUUAGCACAUAAACAAACACACACACACACACAUACAUACAUACAUACAUACAUACACACACACACACACACACACACACAUACAUACAUACAUACACACACACACACACACCCACCUCACCUCUACAUAAAAUUAAUUUCUUUAUACAUCUGUUUUCUGAUGCAGCCAGAUUUUUUUUUUUUUUUAAUAUCCCAUACUCCAGAAAAUUGGUAGACUAAAUAUUAGAUGCAUUCUCAACUUUUGGUUUUGGCAUUGAGCAUGGCAGCGUUACUUGCUGGCUGUGGGUUGAAAGGUGCAGCAUGGCUUUAUCCUCCAGCAGUGGCAGUCUGAUGCUCCAGUUGCCAGACGAGGCCUUUCCGGCCACAGACUGGAUCUGAGUGGCUCGUGACAUUCCCUAAGAUGAUGCCAUGGUAGCUGGGAAGGACAUUUAAAUGCUGGUGGUGGAAAGGACCACUGCCUUUUCUCUCCCUGGAUGGCCUCUGUAAUAUUGUGCUCACAUAUUAUCUUUCAUGCCAAGACCCCUCCUUUGGAAUAACACGCUUCUGGGGCUAGUUUGCUUUCAAAUCUCUUAUCUUUUAAAGCUCAAAGCCUUGAGGUGGGGAAGAAGAUGAGACUUUUCCAGUCUGAGUGGCACAGCCCGUAAUGACGAACAGCAUCCUGCUGGGUUCUGACGUUGGAGAUCCCUGUUAUCAUCCCAACAAGCCACUGGACCACUUCUACAGGAAAGAUGUGGUGCUUGAGUGGCAACAUAGAAAAUCUCAUCAGGCAAAGCAGGGGUGUGUUUUGAUUGGAUUACACUGUAAUGUAGUUAAUUUUAACUUCACAUGUAAACAUGUAAAUUUGUAUUUCUGCAAAUGGAUUUAAUUGUUUAUAAUGUAACCUUGUCUGGGUCUUUGGCUGGGCAGAGACUGUGUUACAAUGUACUCUUGACUAUUAACUGCAGGGGCACUGCAACUUCUCAAGACCCAUUUAGAGUAAGAAAAAGUUGCUUCAUUGACACUCUUGCAGAAAGAAACAAAAGUUCACCAUGUUCUUAUGUAAGCUUAUGACUACUGCGGUUUUUGUUUUUUUUAUAUAUUGAUUUGUAAUCCCUAUUUUACUGAGCAGUGACAUUAUCAUUCCCCUCAUUUGAUGGCACCUCUAACUACAAUGGCCCUAACAACAUUGGCAUAGAUGCAGCUCUUCCUGGCAUGCCAGAGUUUUGGCUAUUCAUAUCUAAUCACUUAAACCAGACAAACCUCAGUAAGGCUAUGCAGUGAAGACAGUCUUAUGGAGUUUUGUUGAACUGAAAAUUAGUCUUAACAACAGUAUAGUUACCUGCUUAGUUAUUGUAGCUGGUUUACAUCCUGACCACUUUUCCAAUUUUGCAGUCUAGGAAAAAAGUGACCUUUUACCUUCUGACUUUUCCUUGACCUCAUGGCUGUUUUAAAAUUCAGUCAGAGCUACAAAUUCACAGCAAUAGUCUUGACCAUAUAACAUCGAGCUUCAUACUUGGCAAGAUCAGCCUGAGUCUGUUUCAUUUCCAGAACAUUUGUUCAGGUUUGAUAAAUAUUUGUUCAGAUUCGCCACAGGAAAGACCCAGCUCUUCCCAUUGCCACCUCUCUGGUUACUAUUCAUGACCACUCUCAGCGCUGGCGUACCCCUCAGCAUGCUGAGGCUUUGAUGUAAUGUGAAUAAUAUGCAGAAACUGUGGAGCAUUCCAAUUAAUGCAGCUACACGUUUGUUGUGGGUGUUCUGUUGUGUGGUUACUUGCAUUGUUUUCGGUAUGUUGUCCUGAUGACCAGCGUAGAAAGCUUAGUUAUGCUCUUUCAUACAGUCGUUCCUCAUAUUUGAGUUUAUUUGGAAUUUCCUCAGUAAUUCUGACUUCAGUCUCAACAGAGUGAGAUGGGUACAAAGCAUACAGUGUUCAUGUUCAGUAUGUCUGGCAUGUAUUUAGGCUUGCGGGAUAUGGCGAGAAUCACCCUUCUGUUUUUAUCACAAGCAACAUGACUGGAUUAUUGGCAUGAUUGUUAACUGUUAUGAUGUGCAUUGGUAUUCACUUCAUUCCAGUAAUAUUGUUGAGCCCACCCCUGCAUUAUCUGGAGAAGCAAACUCAGGAAUACAUACUGCACAUUCAACUUUCCAAACUUUUGCUUCAAAAUAUUUUCAUUAAAUUAAAAAUGAAUCUGUCAAUCAUUUUUGAGCCAUUUUAAGGUGACACUCUGAUUUUUUUUUUUUUUUUUUAACCUUUUUAGGUUUUGUUGUUGAAUUUCAGUUAGGAUUUUCUGAUAUCCAUUGAGGCUGAUAAUUACUUGGCAAUUGUUUCGAAUGAUUGGAUACAUGGAAAAAAAGAGAUGUUUUGAUUAUUUUGACCAGGAGUUCAGAAACCAUUUAACCUAUGUCUUUGAUAUUGCUGUAUUUUGCAUGUCCAUUUAUUAGUGGAUAUUUUCCCCAAGCAAAAGACAAGUGGUUGUUUUUUUUUUUUUUUUUUUUGUUUUGUUUUGUUUUAAAAAUAGAUGUAUCCAAUUUUUUUUUCUUCAUCACAUGUUUACUUGUGGUUUCCUACUACAUCAGUGCACAGAAUUGUUUCUCCCUGUGUGCUGUUUAUUGAACCAGGUCAUCUACAAUAUGAGACACGUGGACUUUCCUGCUUGGAUUACCUUUUCAAAGAUGCCAGGGUUCCCGACAAAAGCCGCAGUUCAGAUUCGUGUGCCAUCAGAUCAAUUAUAAUCCUGCAUCUUUAACUUGACCUUUUGGAAUAAUGGCGUACUCAAGUCUGCUGUGCUCCAACUAACAAAAACCUUCUUGGCUUGACAAGUAACGUAUUGGAGGACUGAACUAGCCUGAUACAGGGUUCUUUACCUUGCUUCAUUAACUGCGGUGGCCGGGUUAUAAAGUUAUGCACUGUCAGCAUGCUUUGUUUUGGUUUCAUUUUUUUUCCAUUGCAAGGGUGAGUUUGACCAUGUAAAGUAAUUUGUAAACUUGCAUCAAGUUUAUGAAUAAAGAAUUUUAUGAA